UAGCAAAUCUAUGAACCUCCGAUGUUUUGAUAUCUCAUCUUUCGAGUUGUGACAAAAUAUUUGGAAACGCUAUUGGACAAACAUUUCUUCUCAGAGUGGUUGUUAAGAUUAGCACAUAUUGGUAAUGGAGGAUACGGAAGAAUUAUAUAUUGCUACGCUUGAAGGGCAAUUUGCCUCAUUCGCCAAGAUGCUCAACUGGUCCUGCUCUAGAGAUACCAUCACGCUGUACUGCUCCGACUACUGGAUGCGUCAGAGCGAUAUUAUAGACGAUAGACGUGUCACUAUGACUGACACGGGAAUCAUAUGGAAUACAUUCAGUAAAGCUGAAUUGAAUUGGGACGAAUGGCAUGAAUAUGUAUCAGAGUUGUGCGUUGCCAAGGAGUUGAAUAAACUAGAAGUGGAGGUGGAGUUAACUAACUGUGGUUUGCCUGGAGCGACUCGCGUGUACGUGCCGCAGUACAGGGACUUUUUUGAUACCUACAAAUCUAAAAAGGCACUUGUCAUAUGUGAAUCUCUUGAUUCUUGCGGAAAACCAAAAAAAAAGGUAAAUAAACCUGCUUAGUACCUAAUUGUUACGGGUGAUUUGUUUUUACAUUCA